AUGGUCGAUCUGGACACGUAUUAUAUCCCGAUUUUCUUACAUAUAAUCACAUGCGAAAUAUUAUAUAUGUUAUUAAUUGUCUCACAAGACGUCUUAUAUCUGACGUUUGUGCAAUAUUGUUGCGGUCUGCUCGCAACAUUGAGGUAUCUCUUGGAAGAUACGUUCGCAUUUCAAGACAAUGACGACGAUACAACAAAGAGAGUUGCACGCGAAAGUCGAUGUUACGCGAACGUCGUUUACAGUAUUCGAAGACACACCGAGGCGAUACAAUUUAUAAAUAUCAUGGAGUCGUUAUUUCGGCUACCUCUCUUUCUACAUAUGGGUUGUAUCAUCUCCGUCAUAAGCGUCGUAGGAUUCCAGGUAAUAACAAACGCCGAAGACAUGACCAUCCUUGCGCGGCACGGCAUUUAUUUUUGCGGGGCUGUAAUCAACGCGUUUUUUGAGAAUUGGCAAGGUCAGAAAAUCAUCGAUUACAGCGAGAAGGUGUACGAAUACGCUUAUAAUACGCAAUGGUACGACAUGCCGAAUGCAACGAAGAAACUUCUAAUAUUGAUCAUGUUAAGGAGCAUAAAGCCAUCGCAAAUAACGGCCGGUAAAUUCAUCGUGAUGUCGUAUGUGAAUUUCAACGCGGUAAUGCGAGCAUCGUCAUCGUACUUUAUGUUACUACAAUCCAUGCAAUAAAUAAUUUCG